AUGGAUUUCUACUCGGUGAACUUGGCAUUGUUCGUGGCGGGCAAUGGAUACCUGCUUUACUGCCAGUACAAGCGCCAGCAGGAGGAAGUUGUCGAGGAGUUGAAGCAGGAGGCCGCUGAUGCCGAUGCCGGGUACGGCUCAGAUGCAGACGCCGCCGAGCAGCAGCACUCGCUUUUGGGCUCCGAUACCCAAGCCGCUGCCCGGCAAUUCCAGCUAGAAUACUUUCCUGUCUACGCUCUGGCGAUGGCGGCAGAUUGGCUGCAGGGACCUCACAUCUAUGCCAUCUACAAAUACGAGAAGAACAUCCCGGAGAAGCUUGUGGCUGCUCUGUACGCCGCGGGCUUCGUCUCUGGUGCUCUCUCCGCCUCCUUCGCCGGCGAACUCGCCGACCGAUACGGCCGUCGCCUCGCCUGCCUCACGUACUGCGUCACUUAUAUCCUAACCUGCCUGACGAUGCUCUCUGAUGACCUCUUCAUUCUCUUCCUCGGUCGGUUUUGCGGCGGUAUCUCGACGACCCUGCUCUACAGCGUAUUCGAAGCAUGGCUGAUUACCGAGUAUCACCAUCGGGGCCUGUCGCGGACGAACCUCAAGCUGGGUGCCAUCUUUGGAAACAUGACUACUAUCAGUUCCAUUGUUGCGAUACUUUCAGGCAUUGUUGGUGAUAUCUUGGUCAACUCAUUGGGCGGCCGCGUCUGGCCAUUCAUGGCUAGUGCGUUAUGCUCCACGGCGGCUAUGUUGUUGAUUCUCAAGUCCUGGCGGGAGAACUACGGAGGUCAGCAGGGAAGCGGGCAGACCUCCUUUGCCGAUCUCAAGAGCGGUGUUAAGGCUAUUAUAUCGGAUGCUCGUGUUGUUUCUCUGGGUCUGACACUGACUUUCUUCGAGGGUGCCAUGUACCUCUUUGUCUUCUUCUGGUCUGCUGCGCUGAAGAGCGCGAGGACCAAGGCAGGUUCCGACCAGGAGCUGCCGUUUGGCCUCAUCUUCUCGAGCUUCAUGUGCUCUAUGAUGGCUGGAUCGGCCUUUUUCUCGCUCUACACCAAGACACACACUAAGGAGACGACAUCUAUCAUUCUAAUGAUUGCGGUCCUCAUGGUCAGCUGCUGUCUCUCAGGCGCAGUUCUCCUGGAACACGAACAAUUACUCUUCUGGGCGCUGUGCAUGAUCGAGGCAUGCAUCGGAGCGUACUUCCCAAGCAUGUCAUUCUUGAAGAGCGAGGUCGUUGAGGACAGCAUCCGUGGACGUGUAUACAGCAUGCUGAGACUGCCACUCAACAUUUUUGUUGUCGUGGCUCACAGCCUGGAUGAAGAGGGCGACGCGCAUCGGAAUGCUGUCUUCAUUACCUGCGCCGCAUUGCUCAUGGCCUCUUUCUUCAUCAUCAAGAGGAGUUUUUCACCCUAA